UUGUUAUUUUGUAUUCUUUGUUCAAUUUUAAAAUGUAUAUCAUUGUAUUCUUAGUUCCAUUUUAAAAUAUACAUCAUUUACGGUCGAAUAUCAUAAUUAAAGUUAUAGCAUAAAAACUUUCAACUAUAUUUAUCAUACCAUGUUAUUGCUAACGUGACACAUAAAUUGAACACUACUAUUAAAGCCCACCAAAAUCUCAUCUCUUUCUGCAUCAUUGCUUUUUCUUGAAGGAAGUUUCUUUUUUCUUGUUUUCUGUAUUCUUUUUUCAGUUUUAACAGACAUGAUUCAAUUUGAAAUCUUAUGGAAAGAGAGUUUCCUCCUCUACAAUUUCAGCCACAGCUCAAGCAUUUUAUUCCUAUAAACACUUUUACAAAUUCCAAGAAUCAUACCCCUUUUUCUGCAUUUUGCAAAUCGUUCAAGAAUCUGUACAAAAAAGCAAAAGAGUCAAACAAGUUUGGCAGUAAAAGGUUUGAUUUUGAUGAGGUUGUAGUGGAAAACUCAAGUUUUCUUGAUGAUAAAAUGGAUGUUUUGACUAUGAAAAGUGAUGGAACAGAAAGGAAAAUUGAGUCUUUUGUGUAUGAGAGUAGUUUAAGUUCUGAUUUCUUGGUAUCUGAGGGUACUGUAAAUGAUGAAGAACAGAGUAGUUCCGAGGAUUCUUGUUCAACCCCUUCAAUUGUAUGGCAUAUUAAGAAGAAUGAAGUGCAGCAUUGUGAUGUUUCUGAACAAGUUGAGAGAUCCCAUGUGGAUAAUAGGAAGUUGGAGAAACAAGGAUCUUGUUUAUCAGAGGUUGAGAUGAUGAAGGAAAGAUUUUCAAAGUUGCUGCUGGGUGAAGACAUGUCUGGUUGUGGAAAUGGGGUUUCCACAGCACUUGCAAUUUCAAAUGCUAUAACUAAUUUAUGUGCUACACUGUUUGGACAAAUUUGGAGAUUGGAACCUUUACCUACAGAGAAGAGGUUAAUGUGGAGGAGAGAAAUGGAAUGGCUUCUCUGUGUUAGUGAUUAUAUUGUAGAAUUGACACCCUCUUGGCAGACAUUUCCAGAUGGUACUAAGCUUGAGGUAAUGACUUCUACGCCGCGGUUGGACCUUUAUGUCAACCUUCCAGCACUCCGAAAACUAGACAAUAUGCUUCUUGAGAUUUUGGACAGUUUUAGAAACACAGAAUUCUGGUAUGUCGACCAGGGGGUCUUAGCUGAAGAAACUGAUGGAUCAUCCUCAUUUCGAAAUCCUCUCCCUCGUCAAGAGGAGAAAUGGUGGCUUCCAGUUCCUAGAGUUCCUAUCGAUGGUCUCAGCGAAAAUGCCAAAAAGCAGUUGCAGCACAAACGCGAAUGCACAAACCAAAUCUUGAAAGCUGCAAUGGCAAUUAACAGCAACAGCUUAGCUGAAAUGGAGGUGCCUGAAUCAUUUCUUGAGAAUCUUCCAAAGAACGGAAAAGCUAGCUUAGGUGAUCUUAUCCACCGAUAUAUCACCUCUGAUCAAUUUUCACCUGAAUGUUUGCUCGAGUGCCUUGAUUUGUCGUCUGAGCAUCAAGCAUUAGAAAUAGCUAACCGAGUAGAGGCCUCAAUUUACGUGUGGCGCAGAAGACCUCAGGCGAAAUCCUCAUAUAGUCUGCUCCGAUCCAAUUCAAAGACCUCUUGGGAAAUGGUUAAAGAUUUGAUGAUUGAUGUUGAUAAGAGGGACCUGCUUGCAGAUAGAGCUGAAAGCCUUUUGCUUUGCUUAAGACAACGGUUUCCUGGUCUUCCUCAGACCACCUUAGACAUGAGCAAGAUCCAACAUAAUAAGGAUGUCGGCAAAUCAAUCCUGGAGAGCUACUCAAGAGUUCUUGAGAGCCUAGCGUUCAAUAUUGUGGCUCGUAUCGACGACCUUAUGUACGUGGAUAAUUUAACCAAGCACUCAGACCAAUUUGUUCCAAUCUCCAAAGUAGGCAUCAUUUCUCAUAAAACCAUUGGAACUCCAAUCUCAGUACACGUCUCGGGUAGUAAGAUCAAAGCUCCUUUCACGACACCAAUCUCGGAUUCCCAGCGUAUUAGUCAAGCAAAGGGAGACAGAUCACAAUUCCUUGACAACAGCAAGAAUUCUCAGUUUGGUUUUGGCGUGAAAAAGAUGUUGACUGAUUAUUGGACCGUUGAUUCAAAAGGGAAGGACAUCAACAAUGAACUUAAGAGAUCAGAUUCAUUUUCGAGCACAACUCAAGAAGUUUCAACAACAGCAUCAGUCAGUCCAUCAACACAUGACUCACUCGAGGAAGCAUAAGUUUUUAUGGAUGAAGCUAGCUCUAUCGUGCAUAUUGUCACUGAUGACUCCCAGUGUGAUAUAGGUUCAAUUUGAUAUUAUUUAAAACGUUCAUUCAGCAAUUUCUUGAUAGUUAAUAUGGUUAAUUUUCUCUAUUCUCGGAACAUUUUUUCUGUUGUGCAGCUUUUUCAUCUUUCUUAGAGGCUUAAUUUGAUGGCAAUGAAGAACAUUGGAAUGUAUAAAACUAUACUGAUCGUCUUUAAAUAGUAGUGCGUAACGUUUGCUUCGAAGCAAAA